AUGUCUUACAAUAACUCAUACGAUAGAGGGUACUCCUACGGUGGUGAUAGAAACGGUGGCUUCAGAGGCGGCCGUGGCGGUGGCCGUGGUGGAUUCGGUGGUGGAUUCAGAGGUGGCCGUGGUGGUGGAUCUCGUUUUGAUGAAAGAGUUGAAUUAUCUACUCCAGAAUGGGAUAUUGACUCUUUACCUAAAUUUGAAAAAAACUUCUAUGAAGAACACCCGGAUGUUGCUGCUCGUUCAGAAGGUGAAGUCGGUGCUUUCAGAAAAGAACAUGAAAUGAGAUGCGAUGGUAAAGAUAUUCCAAAACCAAUUACUUCUUUUGAUGAAGCUGGGUUCCCAGAUUACGUUUUGAAAGAAGUUAAACAACAAGGUUUCCCUAAACCAACUGCCAUUCAAUGUCAAGGUUGGCCAAUGGCUUUAAGCGGUAGAGACAUGGUUGGUAUUGCUGCCACCGGUUCUGGUAAAACCUUAUCUUAUUGUUUACCAGCAAUUGUUCAUAUCAAUGCCCAACCUUUAUUGAGUCCUGGUGAUGGUCCAAUUGUUUUGGUUUUGGCUCCAACUAGAGAAUUGGCUGUUCAAAUUCAAACUGAAUGUUCUAAAUUUGGUGCUUCUUCUAGAAUUAGAAAUACUUGUGUUUAUGGUGGUGCUCCAAAAGGUCAACAAGUUAGAGAUUUAGCUAGAGGGGUUGAGAUUUGUAUUGCCACUCCAGGUAGAUUAAUCGAUAUGUUGGAAACUAACAAAACUAACUUAAGAAGAGUCACUUAUUUGGUUUUAGAUGAAGCUGAUAGAAUGUUAGAUAUGGGUUUUGAACCUCAAAUCAGAAAAAUCGUUGAUCAAAUUAGACCUGAUCGUCAAACUUUAAUGUGGUCUGCUACUUGGCCAAAAGAAGUUCAAAACUUGACUAGAGAUUAUUUAAAUGAUCCAAUUCAAGUUACCGUUGGUUCUUUAGAAUUAGCUGCUUCUCAUACUAUUACCCAACUUGUUGAAGUUGUUACUGAAUUCGAAAAACGUGAUAGAUUAGUUAAACACUUGGAAACCGCCACUACUGAUCCAGAAGCUAAAGUUUUAAUUUUCUCUUCUACUAAAAGAGCUUGUGAUGAUAUAACCAGUUAUUUAAGACAAGAUGGAUGGCCUGCUUUAGCCAUUCAUGGUGAUAAACAACAAAACGAAAGAGAUUGGGUUUUAAAUGAAUUUAGAACUGGUAAAUCUCCAAUCAUGGUUGCUACUGAUGUUGCCGCCAGAGGUAUUGAUGUUAAAGGUAUUUCUUAUGUUAUUAACUUGGAUAUGCCAGGUAAUAUUGAAGAUUACGUUCACAGAAUUGGUAGAACUGGUAGAGCCGGUACUACCGGUACUGCUGUUUCUUUCUUUACUGAUGCCAACUCAAAAAUGGGUGGUGACUUAUGUAAAAUUAUGAGAGAAGCUAACCAAACCAUUCCUCCAGAAUUACAAAGAUUCGACAGAAGAAGUUUCGGUAGUCAUAUUAGAUACGGUCGUGGUGGUGGCCGUGGUGGUCGUGGUGGAUUCAGAGGUGGCCGUGGUGGAUUCAGAGGUGGCCGUGGUAACUAUCAAUCUGGUUCCAAUGGUGCUCCAUUAGGUAACAAACGUCGUUUCUAA